AUGGGUAAAAAAAAGCAUAAUUUCCGGGAAUUUUUUCAUUUAGUUGACCCUGAAAAUCCCAAAGUGAACAAAAAGGCAGUUUGUCUUUCAUGUGUGCGAAAAUAUACCUUACCUGUUGCUCUCACAAAACCUGAAUGUUUUGUUUCUAAUAAGGCAAAAUUAUGUCGAGGCCAUCUUCGAAAUUGUGAAAAUUUUAAAGCUGACUAUAAUGAGGAUGAAGUUUUGGAAAUUCUUUUGCGACCUAUUCCUGAAGAUGCCAGAAAAAAAGCCAAAGUCACCAAAAAUGAUUUCAAAUCUGAAGAUGAAAGUUUUGAAACAUCGGCGCCCACUUCGUCAUCUACUAACCAACCUGCUUUAAAAAUGACAAAACAAGAAACUCUUGCAUAUUAUGUUGCACGUCCAUUGUCUGAAAAAGAUAGGCUGCACUUUGAAAAUUUGGUACUACGUAUGAUCAUAUCAAAUGGUCUUCCUUUUACCUUUACAGAGAAUCAAGAAACAAAAGAAACUGAGGCUGCGCUUAAACUACAAAGUUUUCACCCUCAAGAAUUGGAUCAACCAGCACUUCUCGAAGUAGAUUCUCACGGCAACGAUUUACAUCAGAAAAUACAAACAAAACACUCCC